CUUGAUGUGUUUUGGAUUCAAGUUUUAUUUGUAAGUGAUGGGGUCAGGAGCAUCCGGUCUGGCGGGCGAGGUGCCGGGCUCGGACCUGCGGCUGCCGGCCUCCGGACUGCGCUUCUCUUUGCACCAGCUGCGCGCUCUCAACUCAUACCUCGAUAUCUUAUAUGAGGAGGACCAAAAAGGUCGUAUAACAACGGAGAUGGAGUGCAUAGUAGAGGGCAUCGUGCAGCGCAUAGUGGAUGGUGCUGGGCAGAGGGACCCGCGCUUCAGAUGUUGUCAUCUUAUCGCAUUGCAUAGAAAUAAAAAGAUGCGAUCUCGUUCUCUGGAGUACCUGGUGACGUUGGAUGCUCUGCCGACCUUGAACUCGGAUAAUGUGCACUGCCGGCUGCAGGAAGGGCCCGACGGCUAUGGCAAGGUCUGCCUGACGGGCAGGGAGGCCGACAAAUGGGCAGAGUUCCUGACACCCACAGGAUAUCUUUGCAGAGACAAGGUGGUGGAGCGCUGGGUGCAGCUGUUGGCGCGGUGUGCGCGCGGCAAGGGGGGCGGGACGUCUCGUGUCCUCAGCGCACGCGCAGCCGCGUACGCGCGCCCGCAACGAUACUGCUAUUUGGAGACCGUAUCUCAGCAGAAGAGCUGCGAGCGGCGGUUAGCCAUAGUGGAGGGCGCGGCGUGGGUUCUAGUGCGUGUGGGCGCGGCGCAGGCUGAGGCCAAGCUGGUGCUCUGCGCGCGCGCCGCCGGCUGCAGCUCUGCCGCCGCCCGCGUGCCUCUCACACACCCUAUGACUCUGCUGCACUAUACCGCCGCUCAGGAGGGUUACUACGCGGCGGCGGUGGGUCCCCCCGGGAGCAGCGCGGGCGGGGAGCGAGGCGCGCUGUGGCAGCUCUGGCAGCCGGCGCUCGAGGCCGCGCUCGACGCGCACUGCUCGGACCUCUCCACACUGGCCAGAGUAGCGGGAGCUCUGAAUACUCUCGUUGAUAAUAUGCGCGAAGGAUCUUACCAGGGUUCUACACGUCUACUGAGUCGGUACAUGGCGUGGUGUGCGCUCCGGCGACGUCUCCACCGCGUAUCGCAGCUGCACUCCGUCGCCGCCAGGAGCUUCGCCGCCGCGCACGCAUCGCAUCAUCUACUCUUGGUCCUAGACUCGUUGGUACAGACAUGCGAGCGGGGCGGGCUGGCCGGGUUUGUGUUCCCCAUGGAGCGCGCCAGCCUGACCCGCCGCGGUGCACGAGACGGUGACUGGGCGUCCGACGCCGUUUGCAUCAGGAAUUGUCUUUUACAUCUUCAGAAACUUGCUGUGGGAGAAGAAAUUCAGCGAUCACCUUCAGAGAUAUUGGAGAGUGCGCUGUUCAGUCGCUGGGAGAGCGUCAACAGAGAGUCCAAGUCCUCGCUCGCUGCAAACAGCUACAGUCCGCGUCAGCUGCGGUAUUUGAGCCGAGUAGCCAACGAACUGAUCAAGUGCAAGAACAUGAUGGCAUAUGAAAAUGAAAACGCAUUCAAAGCGAAUUUGAUACAAGCCACAUCACAGCACCAGGAGUCCAUUGAGGAGUUGGUGUAUGUCCUGGCGAUAGCACUGGACCAGGCGCGGGACGCUUACCUCAAUAACUUUCAAAGGAAUAGCGGGGAGUUUGAUAAGGAAUUAUCGGUUUACAGGUCGAAGAAGUGGAACAAACUAAAAGACUACUACGACGCAUCAUCAGCGUGCCUCAUAGACGCGGCUAGAAGAGAUCCAGAACUUAGAAAAGAAGACUUAUCUGAUACUAAUCUCAUGAAACAUGUCCUACUUUGGUUGCACAAGGGUGUGAAAGAAGAUAAGAAAUAUUUAGGACCAGUUUUAAAACCUUACCUCGAUAGUCUUUUUGAGGUUUCUAUAGAAAAUUGCUGGUUCUUGGAAGAGUUUGAUGCUAGGAAAUGCGAGGUAGAGCAAAGGGGUCUGGAAGAAUACUGCUUAGGAGUCCAUAGCGGAGAGAUUGAGCCGUGUAUGGGAUUGUUGGAUGCUGCUAAAACAAUGAGCUGGGCGAAAGCUAUGGUCGACUUUGUGGACAGAUUCCGUCAUAUAGAGUUCCGGCUGGUGUUCCCUACUGGCGAGGGUGUGGCGGUGUCGUGUCCCGUGCGGCUGCCGUCGCGUCGCGAGCACAACACCGCGCGGGCGCUGACCCUCAGCCGCCGCGACAAGGCCCACGCUAAGAUAAAGCUGACCAACAGAUGUGUGCUUGCCGCAUUCCACUCCGCUCUACUGGGCGAUAGAGGGUCCAAAUCAAGAAACAUGCGACGUCACGAGAGCUCCGAAGAAAUACUACGCAGUGUUAAAUCAGGUAACUUCUGGAGGAACAGCACUAAGCCAGACAUAAUUCCCUCCAGUUCUGUUCAAGACGUGUCCACUCUCGACAACCUAUCGAGAGUAAGAAGAUCACGAAGAAGUAGACCGGCUUCUUACGGCUUUCCAGAAAUCUCCAUCACAGAUAAAUCUGAUAAGAAGACCUUGAGACGAAAGUAUCAUACUCUGAAGAGUUUAGUAUACACUGAACCAGUGGAAAGCAUUAAAGAGUUAAAAAGACGGCCGAGGUCUGCCGGAUCUACUGUAAGGAACAAAGAAGCCCUGAGUAGACCAAGUUUGCUGGAGACGCUAGAUUUUAUAAAUGGUGUAAAGGAUGCGUUAUAUGAAGAGUCAGGCACAUCGGAGGCGGAGGAUUGCGGAUGGUCGUACGAGGAGGAAUUGCUGCUGAGCGGCAGGUCACCGGCCAACCUGCUGGCGGGUCUGAGCGCGCCCGAGCUGCUGCAUCUCGCGCUCGGGGACCUCGUCUCCGGCUUGCUGCAGCGCGGCAAGUUCACGAUCCUACAAGAGCUGUGUUCGUAUCUGGGCAGUAGCGGCGAAGGCGCGCUGUUUGCGCUGCACCGGCUGGCGCGCGCUGCUCGCUCUAGAAGUAGCGAGAGGGCUACCAAUAACUGGAAGUUACCGGAGUCAGUAGAUGACGCGAGACAGUCGGUGCAGACAUACCGGCGUCGGUCACCGGACGACGUGUCCGGGGAUGAGGCGCAUGCGCAGCCCCCGCAGCCUCCACCACUGCCCCGUAACCUCACCAAAACAAAUAAGAUUCCAAAUCAUUAUCCAGAUUACAUAUCAGCAAAACGUCUCCAAGAUCUAGAGAACCAUCUUAAUUAUCUCGAACAAGUUAAAUCUCGUCUAACAUUACAGCAAAAUUUAAACUACCCUCAGAAUUGUACCGGCAUCAUAAAUCCUAUUUACGACAUCAAAAUGCCAAAGGACAAGUUCGCGGUGAAAAGAACGAAAUCCCUAGGCAGGACAUUUAGUUCUAGACAUCUAGGUUUAGAAAUAACAAGAUAUAACCUAACUCUAGGUCCUAAGUCUGGGAAGAAGACCAAUGAUGUGGUGACCGCUAUGAAUGGCACUAGUGGAGAAACUGGCUUAGAUCUGAGGAGUCACUUCUUCCAAAGAUAUAGUACUGAAAAUGUUGUCGGCGACUCUUAUAGAGUUAGCAGAGUGACGGUUGACUAACAUCUUAUAUAUA